AUGCAGCUCACAACCCCUGCAGCAGCAGCAGCAGCAGCAGCAGCAGCAGCAGCAGCAGCAGCAGCAGCAGCAGCGGCAGGAGUAAGUGCAGAAGUAGCAGCAGCAAAAGACAAGAGUAGUAGCAGCAAUAGGAAGAGCACAAGCAGCAGCAGCAGCAGCAGCAGCAGUAGCAGCAACAGCAGCAACAGCAGCAGCAGCAGCAGCAGGAGAAGCAGACUAGCUGAGUAUCUGUGA